AUGAGCGGAAUCUCGGUGCAACCGCCGCCGCAAAAGGAACCUCACAGUCCCAGCCAUGCCAUUGCCAGCGAGCCAUGCGGAACAAAGCCCGAAUGCGUUGAGACGACCACUUGUGUCGACCCUGAAAAUGAAUCGGUGGAAAAUGUCGCUCCCAAUGAUGGCAUGAAGAAGAAGCCCAGCGCUGGGAUAAUCGUAGCGGCGUCAAGCAUGGUUUUCAUGAACUCGGCCUUGAACGGUAUGCUGACCGUGGGCCUGCCAUCGAUUGCGCGGGAUACCAGAUUGCCCGACAAUCUCAUACUAUGGCCAGCAUCCGUUUUCGGCCUGACCUGCGGCUGCACUCUUCUGCUAUCCGGGUCCAUUGGUGACCUUAUCGGCAGCCGCAGAGUCUACCUCACCGGCGGCCUGCUGCUCUCCGCCUUCACUCUGGGCUGCGGACUAGCGAGAACCGGUAUCCAGCUGAUCAUGUUCCGCGCGAUAUCCGGCAUUGCCAUCUCGAUGUGUCUGCCCACCGCCGUGAGCAUCAUUACGUCCUCGUUCCCCAAGGGCAAGCGGCGGAACGUCGCUUUCGCCUGCCUGGGCGCCGUUCAGCCGGUGGGCUUUUCGAUCGGCCUGACUCUCGGCGGUGUCCUGGUUGACACCCUGGGCUGGCGAUAUGGGUUUUACAUCGUCUCCGGCGCCAUCGCCCCGUUCCUCCUCCUGGCUUUCUGGGGGAUUCCCAAGGACCCCCUCAAGACAGCACCCAUCACGCGGCAGCGCCUGGCCUCCGAAAUCGACUGGGUAGGAAACGUCUGCAUCAGCGCCUCGCUCGGAAUGUUCUCCUACAGCUUCGCAGUAAUGUCCGGCGACAUCAAAUCCCUUAUCCGCCCGGGAAACCUAGUCAUCCUCAUUCUCGCCAUCCUCUUCCUCGCCGCCUUCAUAUACUGGGUAACCCGCCAGGAAUCCCUCAACCGCAUCGCCCUGAUCCCGCCUUCCCUUUUCCGCUCCACCCCUGACAGCCCUAACCGCGCCCGUAACUUCUCCGCAAUCUGCAUCUCCGUCUUCUUCACUUGGGCCAUCUUCAACGCCAACCAGUACUUCACAACCCUCUACUUCCAGAAGAUCCAGCACCUCUCCACGCUCGAAACAUCCGCCCGUUUCGUGCCCAUGAUCGUCUCCGGCGCCAUUGCGAACAUCAUGACGGGCCUCACCGUGGGCCGCGUCCGCGCUGAUAUCCUCUGCGUCGGCACCGCGGCCAUCUCAGCCAUCGCGCCGCUGAUGCUGGCCGUGGCGGACCCGUCCUGGUCGUACUGGGCAGCGGCAUUCGUUGCCACAACCGCUAUUCCGAUCUCGGCAGACACGCUCUUCACGAUAUCCAAUCUGGUCAUCACGUCUAUUUUCCCGCCCAAAACGCAUGGGCUGGCUGGCGGGGUAUUCAAUACCAUUUCGCAGAUAGGGAUGUCGGUGGGGCUGGCGGUGACUGCCGUGAUUUCUAGUUCCGUGGCGGAGCAUGAGAGGCGGCAGGUGGCAAGUGGUGGUGAUAACGAUGGCCAGGGUAAGAAUGACCAAUAUGCCCUGCUGCAAGCGUAUAAGGCUACGUACUGGGCGUUGUUUGGGGGGAGUAUUGUCGUUGUCGUGCUGAGUUGGUGGGGGCUGCAGCGCAUUGGGAAGGUUGGCCUUAAGGAUCGAGUGAGGCCGGUGGAUUAUUGA